AGGGAAGAAGAGGCGUUUUAUUCCUACAAUAAAAAAUCUUUUUCCAGUGUACAAUUCAUUUUUUGUUGUAAUUCACACAAAAUAAUCUGAAAAUAGUCUCAAGAUUAAAUUUUUUUUUUCUUUCAUUCCAAAAUGCUUAUUACUUUUAUAAACAAAAAAAUACAUCCGAAUCAUAUAACUUUGUAACAUCACCGAUAUCCGAUUUCUUCUCAAAAUUACAUUUGUAUUAUUUUGAAAAAUAAAAUAAAUUCCAAUUCUAAAAUGGGAAGAAUUGUAAAAUUAUUCGUAUCUCUUCUAUGGCUAUGGGCAUAUACCCUCAUAUCCUCAGCGGAACUUAGACCUCAAAAUAGGCUAUGUUAUUUACCCAAAGAUAUGGGUAGGUGCCGAAAUUUUACGGUCAAAUGGUAUUAUGACAAAGAGGCCGCUAUUUGCAACCGAUUUUGGUACGGGGGGUGCGAAGGCAAUCAAAACAUAUUUGAAAAUCAGGAAGAAUGCCAAACGACUUGUAUAAUGAGCCAGGUGGCCGCAGAAGGCUCCAUAAUUGAUAUAAAUCCCUGUUUGCAAAAUCAGGAUGCCGGACCUUGCUCCAAUUAUACGCUUAAAUGGCACUACAAUCAAGUGAAUCAAAGAUGUCGUCAAUUUUAUUAUGGGGGAUGUGUUGGGAACAAGAAUAACUUUGAUAAUGAAUACGAAUGUCAAAGGGCCUGUAUUCAAAUUAAACAAGACGUUGGACAUCAUACACCUGUCAUAGGACCACCCCCACCAAAAGUCACGCAAGCUCCAACUGUAGAAAUGGAUAGUUUUGUAUGUGAUCUCAAAACGGAAGCAGGCCCAUGCAGAGACUUUUCCAUCAAAUGGACCUUCGAUUCAGGAACAGAAUCCUGCCGCAGAUUUUAUUAUGGUGGUUGUAAAGGCAAUGACAAUCGAUUUGAUACAGAAGAACACUGCAAAAAUGCUUGCUCCUUGCCAAUUAAAUAUGUGCAAAGAAGACAAGAACAGGAAAAUGUGGUCUGUAACCUUGCUUUAAAAUCUGGGACUUGCAACGAAGUUCACUUAAGGUAUUAUUACAACAGUUAUCGUCAAAAAUGCCAGGCUUUCAAGUACACCGGGUGUGAUAAAAACGAAAAUCAUUUCUUAUCCAGAGUAGAAUGUGAACGUAAGUGUGGAACCUUCAAAGAUCAAGAUGUUUGCCAAAUGUCAUCUGACCCAGGAAAAUGUCAUUUAUCUAUGGAGAUGUGGUACUAUGAGAGAAAUGUCAAAGAUUGCAAAAAAUUUUAUUUUACUGGAUGUCAUGGUAACGGAAACAUAUUUUUUAGCCAAAAAGAAUGCUUAGAGUAUUGCAAUCCUACCCUAAGCUCUGAAAUCAAAGGAGAGAUGAACGAUAACAAAACUAACCAAGGAAUAGAGGAAAACUACAUCAAACGCAAACGCGAAAUCCGAUUUUAGAUAUCAUACCAUAUGAAACAAAUAUAUAUUUUGUAACUCAAAUUCCAAUCCCAAUUCAAGUCAAAAUAUAUAUUCUUUAAAAUAUUCUCCCUUUUGUAUUUGUAAAAUCUAAGAAACAAACCCGAAAAUACUUUGUGUUUGUAACAAGCUAAUUUCUAACUUUUUAGAUAUUAUAUUAA